AUGGAGGCGGUUACCUUGGAAGAGCUAAGGAAGAGGCUGGCAGACUUCGCAAAGGAGAGAGACUGGGACAAGUUCCACAGCCCCAGGAAUCUCCUCCUCGCCAUGGUAAGAACAAACCUCUCUUCGCCAUUAAACACCUCCCCGCCUCCCCUUCCCUCACAUCGAUUUCCUCUCGCUCUCCUACCUUGUUCUUGACGAUGGGACUCUCGGUAGAAGAAUCAAACCAUGUUUCAGAAAAAAAAAAAAAAAACUUCUUGCGUAUUGAACGAUCUUGUUUCAGAUUCAUAAGUGAACAUCGCUCUGAAGUUUCUGAUAUCGUUUCUCGUCUACCGCGCUCAGAUUCCUCCGGUUCUUCCAUGGUUUGCUUGAUGUUGAUGACGAUGUGUGGUUCAGGUGGGGGAGGUGGGGGAGCUGUCGGAGAUAUUCCAGUGGAAGGGGGAGGUGGCGAGGGGGCUGCCGGGGUGGGAGGAGGGGGAGAGAGAGCACCUCGGAGAGGAGAUCUCCGACGUCCUCCUCUACCUCGUGCGGCUAGCCGACAUCUGCGGCAUUGACCUCGGCCGCGCCGCCCUCAGGAAGCUCGACCUCAACGCCAUCAAGUACCCGGUUCCGCACUGCCAGGGCUCCUCCAGGAAGCACACCGACUACGCCGCCCUCUCCACCAGCGGCGGAGAGAGCAGCCACGACGAUUGCAACGGGUCGGUUACAAGCUGA